AUGAAUUUUUAUUCUAACGAUAUCCGCAAGGUCUAUACUCACAAAAGAAUUUUCAUAAGAUUAGGACUUAGUUUUACAUAAACAACACUAGAUUAUAUUUAUGCAAUACUUUCUAGUUUUUAAAUAGAAGCUAUUAGAGGAAUAUUAAUUAUGUUCAUGAUAUUUUAUCCAUUUUUGAAUUUCAUUGCUUGGGUUGGUAUUUUAGGAUUUUUAGACUUGAAAUAUCACAAUCUGGAAUACUAAAGCUACAAAGAUUUCUUUGGAAGAAAUAAAAAAAGAAACAUAUAGAUGGCAUUUGUUUUUGCAUUAUGUCAAAUAUUCAACCUACUCCCUUUUUAUAUAUACAUGUAGAUUUACAAAAACCACCACGCUAUAUUCACAGAAUAAUUAGUAAAUUUGUUAGAACUUGAUAAGUAGUAAAAGAGAUAUAUGAUGAAUGAUGAAGAAAAAAGUUUUGCAACGUUUAGAACAAAUGAACUUUAAAAUAAACAAGAUACUAACAAUCAAAACGGUAUUAAAUCAUCCACUUAACAUAAAUAAGAUAAAAUUAAUUAAUCUGCAAUUAUUAAAAGAGAUGUACAAAGCAAAUAAACUAUAAAUUUUAAUUCAAUGGCUAAUAAGGCUAUUAAACUAAAUAAAAUGAUUUAAGGUAGGCAAAGUAUUUUAAAUGCUCAUAGUCAAGUUAAUAAUGCAUAAGAUACUCCUUUACCAAGUGAAAUGACAAAAGAAAAUUUGAGGCAAUUUUUUUCUGUGAACAGUUAAGUUUAAGGGAAUAAUACAAAUUAAGAUGAAGUAAAUAGUUUUAAUUAACUAUUCAGAGGAAAAAGACCAGGUAGUGUCUAGCCACCUUAAUACAAUAUUAACUUUAGAAAGAAUUUAAAAACCUAAAUUGCAAUCGAAGCUAAUUGUAAGUUUAGCAUUAUUGCUAUUGUUGAAGAAUCUAAUUUCUAAAUGCUUUUUGAAGUUGGAGAGAUUAUGGAGAUGGCUUUCAAAUCUUUUCCCAUAUUUGCUAUACAGCUUUGCAACAAUAUUUUACAAAAUAAUUGGGUUCUUUAUUGGUUCACAAUCCUUUAUUUUAUAAUUUUGCUUGUUCGUCUGUUUGUUGUUGGAUUUAUAUUCAUAAAGUUUCUACUUUUAAAUGACCGUAUGAUUAAAUUUUUAGAAAAUGUGAGAUACUUUAACGAAGAAAUGGGUGAGGAUGAAAUAUAAGUGAACAAAAACUAUCCUAUGCCCUCUUUUAUAGAAAUAAAUCAGCUCAGCACACUAAAAAGAAUGAUUGAUAUUUCAUAAAGUGCUGCUUAGUAGGUAAAAGAGAUGUCUAUUUACAUAAACGGAGAAGUGAAGUAGACAGAAUUAUUGUAUAAGGGUAUGAAUUCUACUAUUACAAAGUUCUUCUAACUAUAAAAAGUGUUAGUUAAUUUAGAAAAUAACAAACUAGGUAGCAAAAAAGCAUCUGAAAUUAUCUCAUUCUUAAUUUAAAGCUUGUCAAAAUGCAAAGAAAUCACAUUAUUUUUUGAUGGAAACGAUUUAAAUGAAGAAGAUUUGAACACUAUUAAAACAAAAUUUGAUAAUAAUUUGACUUACCAAAAAUUUUACUUUUAAUCUGAAUAGAUGGUCAUUUUGUAUGAUAAUACUAACUCAGAAGUUAACUUUUUGGCAGAACUUUAAAUGUUUUAUCGAAGAUUUUAUUAUGAAUUUGAUGAUAUAUUAAAUAUGGAUAAAAGUUUAAGGAUUUAAUCUAAAACUAUUUUACCUGCACCUCCUUUAGAAUCUAAAGAUUCUCCUUUACCUUAAUAAGCAGCCCCAUAUUUGGAUUCUAAAAUUCCUUUAAGCGAUAAUAAAAUUAAAUAACUCUACAUAAUAGUCCCUAAUCACAUAGUAAAUGCAGAGGAAUAGAAAAUGCUUGUAAAAAUAUUUUCAGACAUACAUAUUGGAUAUUUAGAAGUCUUACUCAACUUUGAAGAUCAUGGAGUGUACUUAAAAUUGUAAGAAGAAAUGCCUAACUAUAAGUUUUAAAUGGGAUUUAUUAUUACCAAACGAUUCAGUUUUUUUAAAAAUGGAAAAUACUUAAAGUAUCAAGACCAAAAGUAAAGUUAGUUUGAAUUGUAGCUCUUAUUAGAAGGAAACAAAAAUUACUCUCAACCUUUAUCUAUAUAAGGAUCUAAAGGGUUAAGCAAAAUGCUUUCAAACCAUACAAGGCAUGCUGACUAUGAUAUCACUAUCCCAGAUAGCAUAAUUACGAAUCAUGGACUCCUUUUAAUUGCAGAAUCUAUCUCGAACUAGUGCUAAACUUUAAAACUUGAUUUUAGUAAUAAUAUGUUGGGAGAUUUAGGAUGUUUGGCUUUGGCGAAUAAGCUUUCAAAGCUAACAAAACUGAAUUCGUUCAGCUUAACCUUGAAAUAAAAUAAAUUUUUGACAGGCAGAAGUUUAGAGGCCAUUUGUGAGAGUCUAUCAAAGCUGACAAAGUUAAAAACGUUGUAUUUCGAUUUGUAGAAUAUGGAAAUGAGCAACAAGACUGCAAAUAAAUUAUUUAAUACACUUCAAGCCUUUACUAAUAUUGAAUAUUUAACACUAAUUUUAAAAGAAAAUGUAUUAGAUCCAGUUUAAUAAUUGGUUGUUGAUAUGAAUAAAGCAUUUGGUACUAGUGAAAAAUAAUUAGUAAACGAGAAAGGAAGCUAUAAUUUAGCUAAAUGCUUGGAUAACUUAGUUAAUUUAAAAUUCUUGCACCUAGAUUUAUGCAAUAAUAACAUUGAUCAAUCAGGUGCUUCCUUUAUUAAUAAAUCCUUGGGUAAUCUAGUCAACUUAAAUUAGUUGUAUUUAAACCUUUCGGAAAACUACUUAAAAAAAGCUGGUAUUUAAUAGCUUUCUAUGAGUAUCAAGAAAUUGUAAAAUCUACAAUAAUUAGAUAUAUACUUGAAUUAGGUGAAAAAGCAAAAUACUAACAUCAGGAGAAAUCGUAAAUAUGCUAUAGGUGAGUAGAGAAUGUAACUUGAAUCUCUAAUGAGAGAAGAAGAAAAACCUUUGAAAGUAAUCUUUAGAAAGAUAGGAUAAAUGAACAAAAAGUAAACUGAGUUAAAAAAGUAUGUAGAUCAAUUAGAAAUAGCAGAAGAGCUUACCUUAAAAAAAUUUGUUUCUCUAAAAAUAAAUAAAGAAGGAUAGGUAGAGGAUUAUGAAAAAAUAACAAAAUAACAAAUAUUUAAAUAUCUUUCAGAAAUUAUGGAGCAAAAUAUACGUGCACCAUAAACUACCAAUAGAAAACUGGCAUCUUUUGAAGAUUUAUUUGCUAAGAUAUAGAAUUUGGAUAAAAAUAAGAUGACACAUUUAAAACUGAAUUUAAAGUCAAAUGGUAUUAUUAAUUUAGAUAUGAAGAUGCUACAAGCAAUGAUAGAGAGUCUAGAGUGCCUUAAAUUUAUUUCAUUAAAUCUUUCUAUGAAUGUUAUCACUGAUUAGGGAAUUAAGUUUUUAUUUGAAAAUAUUAGCAGCAACUCUUCAUUGAAAGAUGUUGAAUUGGAUUUAUCAUCUAACAUUAUUAAAUAUGAAGGAGCUGAAUAUAUAGGUAAAAUGAUUAUAGAAUUAGGAAACAAGCAUAAAAAGAAAAAUGAAAAUCAGCUAAAAUUAGAUAAAGAAAAGGAUAAGGAUCAAUUAAACUAAUCUGAUAAUAUAGAUAGUGUCGAAGAAGACUAAAAUAUUAUUCCUAAAUUAGAAAGAUUUUAUCUCAAUAUUAGAAAUAAUAGUAUUGAGUAUAUGGGAGGUUUAGGCUUGGUUGAGAUGGCUUAUGCUCUCAUAGAAGAAGAUAUAGAUAUUGUAUUAUUGAUGGGAAAUAAUGACAUAAUUAACUUAGAAAACUAAGAAUAAAAAAAUAGAUAUGGUUACUUCUAAUAAUUAAAAUUAAAGUUAGGAGCUAACUUUGAAUACGAGUGA